AUUCUUACAAGACCCGCAGCAGCCAAUCAGAAUUUUCCAUAUCAUGUCAGAACAUCACAGAUUGGCGCUAUAGAAACACCAAAUGGUACUGUCUCUGAAGACAUUGAUGCUUUUUCACACAGUGCAUAUGGUGCAAAUAAUUUUAUUGGUUCUUAUGCAAACACUAACUUUACAGAACUCUUUACCGUCAGUGGCAAUACAAUGAAUGGAGGAACUACAACAACAACAACACCUAAUGGAACUUCAGGUGAUGUUGUAAAAAAGAAUAAUAAUGAGGGUCUUGAGCGCCAAACUGACCCUAAUAUAUUUACCACAUCGAUGACAACGUCAGCCAACUCCGAUGCUUAAAUUUUAAUGUUUUUAAUAAUGACGAAUUUCUUGCUGGACAAGUGAGAAAAUGAAUCUUCCUCUUAUUUACAAUUACUGGAUCUAUCACCCCAAAAUGUGGGAUGAACCAUUUAUGGUAUAGGGGUGUAAGGUCCAAAUGUGUUGAAGUCCAUCCAUCCAUCCAUCAUAUCUAGCUUCUAUUUUUAGUUCAGUAAGUGUUAUUGUCUAUUUUACUCUGUUUUAAAUCUGUCAUUUGUAAAUUAUUCAAAUUGUAGUUCAUUAUCAC